UAGAUGAUUAGAUAGGUAGUUGAAUGACAAACAUCUUUUAUGAUUUCACUCACCCCACUGACGUGGUGGAGGGACUACGCAUCCCCAGGAUCGACAGCUACGUUUGCAUCGGAGGAUUUUAAGAAGGCACAAGUGAAGAGAGACAUGAUUAUGGAAAAAGUCAGAAGGCAAAAACAAAAGAAACGGGGUGAAAAACGCCUGGGUAUAUUUCAGGGAAUAAUAAGUAAUGAGGAAAUAGAGAGAGAUAAAGAAAAAUGUAGGGAAGGAGAUGAAAGGGGGGCUAGGAACCAUAAGGAUAAAUCAGAAUAAUAAAAAAAAAAACACCACCUGGUCUGUAUCAACGACCUCGAGCAAACGCCAUCAUCUUCAGAGCUGCCUGAUCUUAAUCCAUGCGUUCCGAGAUGUAGACCGACCCAUAUGAACCACCCGUAGAUGUUGUAGACAGAUCCGCGAAAACAACCAAGGCCCCGUAAUUUGCAUAGUUUGAACGCCCUUAGAAUGCAAAU